AUGUUCACGGAGCUGAGGACCAAGCUGAGCCCCCCGCGAGGCCGCGCCGGGGCUGUGCGCGCUGGCUUCGGAGAGCGCCGGGAUGUGGACGCCACUGCCCACUUCAGCUUCUGCCGGACCCUCCUGGAGCACACAGUGUCAGCUGAGAGCAUCCCCUGCCACGUGCCUAGGACAGCAGGCACCAGCCUCACGUGGCAUGACUCACGCAGCCAGAGGGCAGCUGGGAGCCGGCCAGUCAAGCUCCUGCAGCAGCCUGGCACAGAGGCCCCCCAGGGCCGGCUGUGCUCUGACUACUGUGGCCUGUACCACACGAGUCCCUCCCUGGGUGGCCUGACGAGGCCGGUGGUCCUGUGGAGUCAGCAGGACGUCUGCAAGUGGCUCAAGAAGCACUGUCCCCACAACUACCUCGUCUACGUGGAGGCCUUCUCCCAGCAUGCCAUCACCGGCCGGGCACUGCUGCGGCUGAACGCGGAGAAGCUGCAGCGGAUGGGGCUGGCGCAGGAGGCCCAACGGCAGGAGGUGCUGCAGCAGGUGCUGCGUUUGCAGGUUCGCGAGGAGGGGCGGAGCCUGCAGCUGCUCAGCCAAGCUUCCUUCGGACACAUGUCCUAGUUGCUGCCCGAGGCUUGAACCCCAGACCCCAGCACUGUGACCGGAGCCCGUGGCAAAGACAAGGCACAGCCCCUCUGGACCUUCAGGAGUCCCCAGGGCCCUAGCUGGCCGUGGACAGGUGGGACCAGGAUUGCUGCCUCCAGCACCGUGACUCCGGGCUGUGCCUGGGACUGGGGGGUGGGGGGUGUGCGUCCCGAGUGUGGGCCCGCCUCCCAGGACCUCAGCUCAAGCUCACCCCCUGGUGCUGCUGGCGGCAUUCAGGGGAGCCACCUGGAGCCAGAGAGUGAUUUGGAUGUUCCCCCAGACUCCCAGGGAGCGUUUAUUUAUAUUCCCUCCCCCACAUCCUCUGGGCAUCCUGUCCCCUCCCAGGAUGAGAGGUCUGUCUGCCCACUCAUCCAGUUCCACCCCUCCCCCAGCACCUAGAGGACUACCCACAGAGGUAGGAUAAACUGCCAGGCUUCCUUUGCUGUGUGUCCAUCCCUGACCUUGCCCAGGCCCAGCAGGCCCAACCUGCUGCCCAGAUGAUGGUCAUCAGUGUCCACCCAGACAGGUACCCUGCCCAGCACCUUCAUUCAUUAUUUAUGAGACCCUCACCAUGCCCAUAUCUAUUCAUGGGGACUGUGGAGAAGCAGGUUCAGGAUUGCCCACGCACCCAAGACCUAACAGGGCAUGACAGGGACCUGGGACCCAGCACCCAGCACGGGGCUGAGCCGAGUCCUGGCCUUAGGUCUGAAAGAUGCCUUCCUCUCAGGCUCAUGGAGGCCACCUAGGAGGCACAGUAAUGGGCAGGCAUUCCCACUGACCCUUUCCCAGGAAAACCUGGAUUCUCACAGGAGCUGGUCGUGAGGGCUGUGCCCCUCCAUGCCUGCCCACUGGAGAGCCAGCCAGCACCUGACAACCACUC